AUGGAGGCCCGGUCGGCGAGCGACUCGUCUCCUGCCCACCAGCCCAAUGCCAAACAACCCGCAUGUCUAAACUGCCGCCGAAGCAAGAUCCGUUGUAACCGCCCGGCGGGUCACUCGCGAUGCGAGAAGUGCCGACAGAGCAAUGCAGAAUGUAUCGUGCCGAGCCAUCAUCUAGGGCGGCAGAAGGGAGUGAAGAACAAGCGCAAGGGCCUGGAGAAGGCUAUACAUCAGAUUGAGCAGGCUAUCAAGAGGCCCAAAGUGGACUCUUCUAGUCCGGAUGAUGCUCAAAAAGCUAUUUCAGGACUCCAAGAGUUGCUGAGUCGAUUUCAGGGCCAGCUAACGGGGGAUUCGGAUGCCUUUGUCGAUGGCGGUCGUGUGCGCGGUCUGCUGUCUCCUCGUGAGGCGAUGGUAGACGAGAGUCUUACUCUGGAUGAUGCAGAGAAUCCUCUUCAGCUACUGGCCAGGGCUUCAGACCUGCAGCUAUCUCCCACAGGCGUGCGACAUGUUCAAAAGUCGCCGUCGGCCCCGUCCGUCGCUCCCUCGGCAGUGCCGCAGGACAGUAGUGGCUUGGGUGAAGUGAGUGCAAAGUCGUUUUUUGUACCUGCGCAGGCGAAACUGGAUGUUGGGCCGGACUUGGAUCCGGUAGAUCUGGGACUUGUCACCUUUGACGAGGCAGAGUCUUUGUUUUCUUUCUUCUAUCAAAAUCUUGCACAUACGAGAUGGGGACUGGAUCCCCUUAUACAUACGGCAUCCUUUGUGCGCUCACAGUCCGCAUUCUUAUUUACUUCGAUCAUGUCUGGAGCAGCUCUGUUCUUGCCGUCUGCCGCUGCCCUGUCAAAGAGGCUGUCUAGACAUUGCAAAUGGCUUGCUAAGCGGGUCACGACACAUCGCUACCGGUCGGUCGAAAUUGUUCUCGCGUUUAUGGUGAACGUACCGUGGAUGGCGCCUGGAGAACGACUCGGAGACGAUGAUACGUGCUCGUAUAUUGCGAUGGCACUUACAGUGGCCCUAGACCUCUCCUUGAACAAGAUCGUCACGCCAUCGUCGAGCCUCGAAAAAGAUCUGCUCCAUCGAUUAGCUCGGGCUGAUUGCAUAGAUGCUAAGCGAGCACUACAUAUGGAUGGAUUUGACGACGUCGACCCUCACUCUGAAUGGGGCCGUCGAUUACUGCGACGGCGAGAGAGAACCUGGAUUGCGCUAUUCGUGGUCGAAAGAGGAGUCUGUCUCGCCCGGGGAAGAAGCUAUACUGUCCCUCCAACGGCGCUCAUCGAAAACUGCGACUCUUGGCAUCGAUCCGACAUCGCAGAUCGCCGCGACGGGCCUAUGAACUCGAUGGCCGUCUUGCGCCGAGACCUGGACGAGCUAUUCAGAAAGGUCAAAUCAAGUUGUGACAGCUAUCGCAUCGUCGACACGGGAUCAGAAGCUGCACAAGCGAUCAAGACAACCAUCGAGAGUUUCUACGAACGCUGGUUCGCAACAUGGGCACUAGCCAUCAGCGAAGGAGGCCCACGAUCUCUGCCACCAUACGUCGAGAUUCUAGUAACGCACACUCAACUAUCCACGUACGGCGGCGUAAUAAACCACCCCACCGCCCCGGUCGAAGUAAAACGCUUCUUCCGCGCAGCAGGACUAUCCUCAGCACUCAACGUCCUCCGAGCCGCCAUCCAAGGCGAAUCCCGGCUAAAAUCCAUGCCCAACAACACCGUCAUCAUGAUCUCCUUCGCCGCAUGUUCCGCCCUCAGUCUCAGCGUGACACCAGGAGACAGCCGCUCAAGUCUGGCACCCAGCGUCCGAACACUAAUCGAAGAAACAGCCGGCGUCCUCGAAAGAAUCGGCGCAACACCCUCUCACCGCAACGGUGCAUCCGUGUUAUACGGACGAUUCCUACGUGAACUCAUCCGUCGCGGACCAGCCAUGCCUACUUCCCAUCCUCGGACUGAUACCCGGACACUCGAUCUGGCCGAGCCCGUUAUCCCGACGACUUGUCUGAGUGAACAGGGUCCCUCGCUGACGGCGACACAACGCGUUCUCCCACCGGGGGAUCUGUGGACGGAACCGAUGCAGUUCUCGGCCAUGUCGGAUGACCAGAUUAUUGAUGCGGUUAAUCGUGCUGGGAGUGCUUUUGGAGCUUCUAUACCAGAUGUACCCGUGGAUGAUAUGCUUAGUUGGGAUUGGCUUGAUUUUGCGAGCACUGAUUUUAGUUUUUGA